CACGAGCUCGCAUUCCAGCUGCGUCGCCCGCUCCCUGCUCCUGACGCCCCCCGCCGUGCCGGUAUAAAAUGCGCUGAGGAGCCAUAGUCGGUCCUUUCUCCGCUCUUAUCCUGGAAUAUCUGCUGGAAAACCUUAUUACAGUAAGUAAAAAAACAUGGGGAAGGAAAAGACCCACAUCAACAUCGUGGUCAUCGGCCAUGUCGACUCUGGAAAGUCUACGACCACCGGGCACCUUAUCUACAAGUGUGGAGGCAUCGACAAGAGAACCAUCGAGAAAUUCGAGAAGGAAGCAGCAGAGAUGGGCAAAGGCUCCUUCAAGUACGCCUGGGUGCUGGACAAGCUGAAGGCCGAGCGUGAACGUGGUAUCACCAUCGACAUCUCCCUCUGGAAGUUUGAGACCAGCAAGUACUACGUCACCAUCAUCGAUGCCCCUGGACACAGGGACUUCAUCAAGAACAUGAUCACUGGCACCUCGCAGGCCGACUGCGCUGUGCUGAUCGUGGCUGGUGGUGUGGGCGAGUUCGAGGCUGGUAUCUCCAAGAACGGACAGACCCGUGAACAUGCCCUCCUGGCCUUCACCCUGGGAGUGAAGCAGCUCAUCGUGGGAGUCAACAAGAUGGACUCCACUGAGCCCCCCUACAGCCAGAAGCGUUUCGAGGAAAUCACCAAGGAAGUCAGCACCUACAUCAAGAAGAUCGGCUACAACCCUGCCACUGUUGCCUUCGUGCCCAUCUCAGGCUGGCACGGUGACAACAUGCUGGAGCCCAGCCCCAAUAUGACCUGGUUCAAAGGCUGGAAGGUGGAGCGCAAGGAGGGUAGCUGCAGCGGCACCACCCUGCUGGAGGCCCUGGACUCCAUCCUGCCCCCUACCCGCCCCACCGACAAGCCGCUCCGGCUGCCCCUGCAGGACGUCUACAAGAUUGGCGGUAUCGGAACUGUACCCGUGGGCCGUGUGGAGACCGGCACCCUCAAGGCCGGUAUGGUGGUGACCUUUGCCCCUGCCAACGUCACCACUGAGGUGAAGUCUGUGGAGAUGCACCACGAGACCCUGGUCGAGGCCCUGCCUGGAGACAAUGUUGGUUUCAACGUCAAGAACGUGUCUGUGAAGGACAUCCGUCGUGGUAACGUGGCUGGCGACAGCAAGAAUGACCCCCCUCAGGAGGCUGGAAACUUUACGGCUCAGGUCAUCAUCCUGAACCACCCGGGCCAGAUCGCCCAGGGAUAUGCCCCCGUGCUGGACUGCCACACUGCCCACAUCGCCUGCAAGUUCGCCGAGCUGAAGGAGAAGAUCGAUCGCCGUUCCGGCAAGAAGCUGGAGGACAACCCCAAGAGCCUGAAAUCCGGCGAUGCCGCCAUCAUCCUCAUGGUCCCCGGGAAGCCCAUGUGUGUGGAGAGCUUCUCCGAAUACCCUCCUCUGGGUCGCUUUGCCGUGCGUGACAUGAGGCAGACGGUGGCCGUCGGCGUGAUCAAGGCCGUCGACAAGAAGGCCUCCUCCGGUGGCAAGGUGACCAAAUCCGCACAGAAGGCCGCCAAGGCGAAGUGAACUCCCCCCUCGGACGUCGCUGCGCCUACCCCAGGCGUGUCUAAGAAGCUGAGCUCUCUACUGAAGGACUGGCUAAUGCUGAUCAAAACCCAUCGCAAAAGUUUUCGCAGGAAAGGAGGCAAAAAAUGUUCAUUUUAAGAAUUACUUGCAUUACCGGCAGAAUCAUAACUAUAAUAAAAUCCAUUAGUUGCCAUGAUGAUUAAAGAA